AUGGGGUUUAAGAUGUAUGCUAGAGCAAUAAAGAGGAACCAGAGAUGGGGUUUGGUAUUGGAGCAAGCCAAAUACUUAGUUAGACCAGCCAUUCGUGACUAUACGGUGUCCAGAUCUUAUGGAUUCACAAAUAGAUUACCAAAUCAUUCGACCAACAAUGCAAAUUUGACAAGAGAGACUCUCCUCCGUUCAUUUUCUCCCAGUAUUGCCUCUGGAAAUUGUUUAAGCUUUUCGAAGAGCAUUCAGCUGCGUAGUUUUAGCUCUGAAGGGGAUGGAAGGAAUGCCAGUGAGGAUAAUAAACAUGUCUCUUCGAACAAAGAGAACGGCGUAGAUGAUGGAAAAACCGGGAAGGAGAAAAGCAGUUGCGGUGUUGGGCAUUUAGAUUCUCAUGCUCAACUUGGAGAACAGGACCAAAUAGAAUGGCUUAAUAACGAGAAGCUUGCUAGUGAAUGCAAAAAGAAAGAGUCACCUUUGCUUAACAGACGAGAGAGAUUCAAGAACGAGUUCUUGAGGAGAGUCCAACCUUGGGAGAAGAUACAGCUUUCUUGGGAGACCUUCCCUUACUAUAUCCACGACCACACGAAGAAUAUAUUGGUGGAAUGCGUUAGCUCACAUAUAAGACAAAAGAAUGCCACUUCCAUGUAUGGUGCUCGCUUAGAGUCUUCAAGUGAAAGAAUAUUGCUCCAGAGUGUUCCAGGCACUGAGCUUUACCGGGAGAGGAUGGUACGAGCACUUGCUCGGGAUUUACAGGUUCCUCUGUUGAUUCUUGACAGCAGCGUUCUUGCCCCUUAUGAUUUUUCUGAUGAAUACAAUGAAGAAUCUGAAUCAGACGCUGAGAACGCAGAAGCGGAAGCAGAUGAGUCCUCAACAGACUCUGAAGCUGAAGAGGAAUCUGGAUCUCAUGACGAGGAGACUUCUGGAGAGAAAACAGAUGGGAGUGACAGUGAGGAAGCUUGUCUCGAGGUUACCGAGGAUGAUAUCAAGAAAAUUAUGCCAAAACUUGAGGAGCUCGGAAAGUUAGCAGCAGAAGAGCUACAUAUUAAUGGUGAACCUUGCAAAGCAGCAGCUGCUGAGCAUUCCGAUAAACCAAAGCGACCGGCAAAGAAAGGAGAUCGAGUAAAAUAUGUUGGGCCUGCUAAGAAGGGUGAUGCAAAGCACAGGCCAUUAUCUAGCGGACUACGGGGAGAGAUUGUUGAGGUGAACGGGAACCAAGUUGCGGUUCUAUUUGACAUUGAAGGUGAUACAUCAUCAGAGGGAAGCAAGAAGAAACCGACAGAGAAGUCCCGCAAGCUACAUAUGCACUGGAUAGAUGUUAAAGACCUGAAGCAUGAUUUGGAUAUGCAGGCAGAAGAUGGCUACAUUGCGUUGGAGGCUUUGAAUGAGGUUUUGCAGUCCACACAACCACUUAUUGUCUAUUUUCCAGACUCGUCCCAGUGGUUGUCUAGAGCUGUACCUAAGUCAAAACGAAAUGAGUUUGUAGACAAAGUUCAGGAAAUGUUUGAUAAACUGUCAGGUCCUGUUGUACUGAUCUGCGGACGGAACAAGAUUGAAACAGCCUCAAAAGAGAAAGAGAGAUUCACAAUGAUACUCCCAAACCUUGGCCGCAUUGCAAGACUGCCCCUUCCGUUGAAGCAUCUUACCGAGGGACUCGCAGGAAGAAAACCAUCACAGGAUAAUGAGAUAUACAAGCUCUUCACUAAUGUUAUGAGCCUACUCCCUCCUAAGGAAGAAGAUUCCCUCGUAGUAUUCAACAAGCAACUUGGAGAAGAUAGAAGAAUUGUGAUAUCACGUAGCAAUUUAAAUGAGCUACUUAAGGCGCUUGAGGAAAACGAGUUAUUAUGCACAGACUUGUACCAAGUGAACACCGAUGGCGUGAUAUUGACAAAGCAAAGAGCAGAGAAAGUUAUUGGCUGGGCUAGAAACCAUUACUUAUCUUCUUGUCCAAGCCCAUCGAUUAAAGAUGGCCGUUUGAUUCUGCCUCGUGAAAGCAUUGAGAUUUCAGUCAAAAGGUUAAAGGCACAAGAAGAUAUAUCUCGAAAGCCUUCACAAAACUUGAAGAAUAUAGCAAAGGAUGAGUAUGAAACCAAUUUCGUGUCAGCUGUGGUAGCUCCUGGAGAAAUCGGGGUCAAAUUUGACGACAUUGGUGCUCUGGAACAUGUGAAGAAGGCGUUGAAUGAGUUGGUUAUUCUUCCCAUGAGAAGGCCUGAGCUUUUCACCCGUGGAAAUCUCUUGCGUCCGUGUAAAGGCAUAUUGCUUUUUGGUCCUCCUGGUACGGGUAAAACAUUACUUGCCAAGGCCCUUGCUACUGAAGCUGGGGCAAACUUCCUUAGCAUAACUGGCUCUACGCUUACAUCAAAGUGGUUUGGAGAUGCGGAGAAGCUCACAAAAGCUCUCUUCUCCUUUGCAAGCAAACUAGCCCCCGUGAUUAUCUUUGUCGAUGAGGUUGACAGUUUGUUGGGCGCUCGUGGUGGUUCGUUUGAGCAUGAGGCAACACGAAGAAUGAGAAAUGAGUUCAUGGCGGCUUGGGAUGGUCUCAGGACAAAAGAUAGCCAAAGGAUCCUCAUCCUCGGUGCCACCAACCGACCUUUUGAUCUCGAUGACGCUGUCAUUCGUCGUCUACCAAGAAGGAUAUAUGUGGAUUUACCAGAUGCCGAAAACCGGUUGAAGAUUUUGAAGAUAUUUCUGACUCAAGAAAAUCUUGAAACCGGUUUCCAGUUUGAUAAACUUGCAAAGGAAACCGAAGGAUACUCAGGAAGCGAUCUAAAGAAUCUAUGCAUCGCUGCUGCGUACAGACCUGUUCAAGAAUUGUUACAGGAAGAAACUAAGGAUUCGGUAGCAAAUGCAGCUCCUGAUCUACGGCCUCUGAGUUUGGACGACUUCAUUCAGUCUAAAGCUAAGGUGAGUCCGUCAGUGUCUUACGACGCAACAACGAUGAACGAAUUGAGAAAAUGGAACGAACAGUACGGUGAAGGAGGAAGCCGGACUAAGUCUCCUUUUGGCUUCUAA